GCCACCUGGCGGCAGGUGGGCGCCAGCGCAGCGCAUGCUAAUAAGCCCGCGUCGUCGCUCGCGGAUUGGCUGGCGCGGAUUCCCGCUGCUUUCAAGUCGGAGGCGCCUGGUGAGGGUCAAGGGAGGCCCGGCCCGUUCCCUCCCCGCCCAACCGCCUCCCAGUCGACCACCCAGGGCUGGGGCGAGCCAGGCUGCCUUUCGAACUUGGGGGCUUCUCCUCUUGUCUCCCACUGGUGCUCUGGCUGUGAAUCCAUCCAGGGGCCAGGAUGACAAUCCGAUACCAACGCCGGCAGUACGGGCUGAGGAUGGCAUUUCUCCAAAAGGUUUCCAAGCUGUGUCCUGGGCCUGGAGACUGAGACAGAGAUCCACGGACUGCAGUGCAGGCGGCCCACCCCAGCUCCGAGUCACAUAAGGUUGAAACAUCAGUAAAAAACAUGCAGAACCAAAGAUGGGGACCAAAAUCCAAAGCCAGAGGAUCCUGGAAAUCGGAGGGUUUUACAACAUAACAGGUAGUACAGGCCAUGGCUCAGGCUAGGCAUAGAACAGACUGCAGUUCUCUUCUACAAAUCAAUCUAGACUGGACAGACAGAACUCUGAAGGAGGAAAGAAAAAUGAAUCUGAUGUUACUUCUUGAAACCACAUUUUCUGAAGUCACCAUUUUUAUGUAUCUAUCAACUCAUCAUUUUUAUGUAUAUAUUAAUAUGAUUUUAUGAUCUUAUUUUUUCCUACUAAUGUGAUGAAUUACCUUGAUUGAUUUUAGAAUAUUAAAUCACUUUUGUAUUCCUGGAAUAAA